CCUGCUGAGGGAGAAGUCCUUAGAGCUGAUGUCAUUUCAGUCCUGGUCCAAUGAGGAAAGCGAAGUGCAGCCUCUUUUGUGUGGCCUGGGACUAUAAGUGGAGCUGUAGGGCAGCACUGGAGGGGCUGAGCCUAUAAGCACUGCAUCUCUGCCCUGGGAGAAGUUAAUUCAUUGCUGCUUCUGCUGCCACUGCUAUCAUCAUCAUGACUCUCCAGGCUGAUUUCGACAGUGCUGCAGAAGAUGUAAAAAAAAUAAAAACAAGGCCAAGCGAUGAUGAGCUGAAGGAACUAUAUGGACUCUACAAGCAGUCUACUGUUGGAGACAUUGAUACUGAGUGUCCAGGAAUGCUAGAUCUGAAAGCCAAAGCCAAAUGGGAAGCAUGGAACGUUAAAAAAGGUUUAUCAAAGGAGGACGCCAUGACUGCCUAUAUUUCUAAAGCAAGAGAGAUUAUAGAAAAAUAUGGGAUCUUAAAAUACCACAAUAAUUGCCAUAAAUACUUCAUUACUUUUCAGUAGCUAAUGAACUAACUCUUUUGAGGAAAAAAAUGCAAUACUAACAUUUUCGUGUUUAGUUUGACACUGAUUUACUAACAUGAGCAAUUCACCUACAAGGUAGUAUUUACACUGCACUGUACUUCUUAAGACACUAACUGUACUUAUUUAGAAACAUUUUUACCUACAAGAUUUAUUUAGAGGUUUAAACAGUCUCUUCUUUUUCCCUUUUUUUGAGGAGGCAGAAAGAUCACAUUCCUCCUGAAGACAAAACUACUUACCUGUCUUUUUUCCAAAAGAUGUAAUGGGAUACAGGGAGGGGGAUUGAAAAAGAAAGAAAAAGAAGAGUCGUU